AUGCUUACAUCUCAAAUCGUCGUAUAUUCUCAACAUGGAGAACCAGCAGAUGUAUUGUCUACUCAUAGUUAUGAAAUUGAUGAUUCUCAUAUUGGGGAUAAUGAAAUAAUCGUCAAGACUUUAGCUGCACCAGUGAAUCCAUCUGAUAUAAAUCAAAUCCAAGGAGUUUAUCCUUCUAAACCUGAGAAAACUACUAAUUUCGGUACUGUUGAAGCAAGUGCUCCAUGUGGUAAUGAAGGAUUAUUUGAAAUUAUUAAAGUUGGAUCUAAAGUUACUGAUUUUUCCAUUGGAGAUUGGGCUAUUCCAGCUCAAGUUAAUUUCGGUACUUGGAGAACUCAUGCUUUAGCUAAUGAUUCUGAAUUUCUUAAAAUUCCAAAUCCAUCUCAAUCAAAAGCAAAUGGGAAAUCUACUGGAUUAACUAUUAAUCAAGGGGCUACUAUUUCCGUCAAUCCUCCAACUGCUUUACUUAUGUUAACUCAUUAUGUUAAAUUAAUCCCAGGUAAAGAUUGGUUUAUUCAAAAUGGGGGAAAUUCCGCCGUGGGGAAAUAUGCUAUUCAAAUUUCAAAAUUAUUAGGAUUUAAUUCUCUUUCAGUGAUCAGAGAUAGACCCAAUUUACAAGAAUUAAAAGAUGAAUUAACUUCAUUAGGAGCCACAAAAGUUAUAACUGAAGAAGAAAAUGGUUCAAAAGAAUUUGGUCCAACUAUUAAAGGAUGGACUAAAGAAACUGGAGGUGAAAUUAAAUUAGCCCUUAAUUGUGUAGGAGGGAAAAAUUCAACUGGUGUAGCUAGAAAAUUAGCUAAUAAUGGAUUAAUGUUAACCUACGGUGGAAUGUCAUUUCAACCAGUGAUUUUACCAACUUCAUUACAUAUUUUUAAAAAUAUUACUAGUGCAGGAUUUUGGGUUACCCAAUUAUUAAAACAAAAUCCAGAAUUAAAAGUGGAAACUUUAAAUCAAAUUGUGGAAUGGUAUGAAGAUGAAAAAUUAAUUGAUGCUCCUUCUUUACAAACUAAAUUCGAUCCAAAUGGUGAUAAACCUUUACAUGAGUUAUAUCAAGAAGCAGUGAUUAAUUCAAAGCAAGGUAAACAAUUGAUAACUUUUUAA